AUGUUUGGGUUGCUCUCAUUGAUUGCUGUGGCUCUCUGUGAUGACGUGGAGUACGAGAACACGUCUCAGAACAGCACAGUUCUCAUAUUCGACGGAAUGCGGGGUAAGACAAUCAUAAAUGGCAAACCACUCUAUUUGGAGGCGGCGAUUCUCUACAAGUUCUCAACUGGGGGAGAUAAGACUAUGAUUAGGACGGUGAAUGAUAUCGAUCCUAAGGAUGUUACGCUUCCAAAGGACUACGAGGCAAAGAUGUCUGUCUUCAACGCAUACCACAACUCAAGCAAGAACAACUGGGAUGAGUUCACAAGCAAGGCAGGAAGCUACUGGAAAAUAGACGAAGUGAACAGGAAGGAGGCAACAAGGAAGAAGGGCCAGGCAAAGAUGUCAGACAGGGAGAAGAUAACAGCAGUGCUUGGAACACUUUAUGACAAGACAUUUGAGUUCGAUAUGGGCGAAAUGGAUUUCAGUGACGAUGAGACGUACGUUCUACAGUAUCAGGUUGUACAGGAUGUGGGGAAGAAGAGUACGAUGUUCUAUUCAAUGCCAUUUGUGUAUGUGAAGAGUGGAAACUACCUGGAACUGAAAGACGAUGAUAGCAACUGGGCUACAUCUUGGUGGGCUAUCACUCUCUACGUGUUGGGUGGGUUGUUGAUAAUUGGACUGGUUGUAACAGCACUCUCCAAAUAA